GUGAAAGGAUUCUGUUUCAACAGCUUUGGUUUUUAUACAGAAAGCCUUGUAAGAUCUCCUUCUCUAUCUCUGUCUAUCUAUCUAUCUAUCUAUCUGUCUCUCUAUAUAAACACAAACAUGAUUUCCUGAGAACUCAAAACCUUCUUUCUUCUUUCUAAACAUCUCUCUCUCUCUCUCUCUCUCUCUCUCUCUCUCUCUCUCUCCAAGAAAUCCAUUUUUUCUUCAUCAUUAAACAAAACCCACAUACCAGAAUCUCUCUCACUCUCUAUACAUUCCAUACAAAUAUAAAGAAGGAAAAUCUCAAUUGUAACUUCCUAUUAAACAAGACCUCUCUCUCUCUCUCUCUCUCUCUCUCUCUCUAAACAUUCCAUACAAAUAUAAAGAAGGAAAAUCUCAAUUGUAACUUCUUAUUUAACAAGACCCAUCUCUCUGUUUCUCUCAAUCUUUAUAUCUAUAUAGUGACAGUCUUUAUACCACAGCAAUGGCUGGGAAUGAAUGGAUCAAUGGCUACUUGGAAGCGAUCUUGGACAGCGGGGCGUCGGCGAUCGACGACAGUAGGCCAUCGCCCUCUGUGAAUGUGCGGGACCGGGGCAAUUUCAAUCCCACCAAGUACUUCGUCGAGGAGGUGGUGACCGGUGUCAAUGAGACUGACCUCCACCGGACAUGGAUAAAGGUCGUCGCCACCCGAAACACCCGUGAGCGGAACAACCGCCUUGAGAACAUGUGCUGGCGCAUUUGGCACCUCGCUCGCCGCAAGAAGCAGCUAGAAUUGGAAUAUUUUCAAAGGAUCACAAACCGGAGGUGGGAGCAGGAGCAAGGGCAGAGAGAUGCAACUGAAGACUUGUCGGAGGACUUGUCAGAGGGCGAGAAAGGGGAUACAAUGGGGGAGAUGAUGCAGAGCGAGACCCCAGCAAAAAAGCUCCAAAGGAAUGUCUCAGAUCUUCCAGUCUGGUCUGAUGAUAACAAGGGGAAGAAACUCUACAUAAUCCUCAUCAGUUUGCAUGGCCUAGUUCGUGGAGAAAACAUGGAGCUGGGCCGAGAUUCUGAUACGGGCGGUCAGGUCAAAUAUGUGGUUGAACUUUCUCGCGCGCUUGCUAUGAUGCCGGGGGUGUACCGGGUAGACCUCUUCACACGACAGAUAUCAUCCCCUGACGUGGACUGGAGCUAUGGAGAGCCUGCAGAGAUGUUAACCUCGGGCUCGUAUGAUGCGGACGGUAAUGAUGUGGGUGAGAGUAUUGGGGCUUAUAUCAUAAGGAUACCAUUCGGUCCGAGGGAUAAAUAUCUUCGAAAAGAGUUGCUAUGGCCCCAUAUUCAAGAAUUCGUCGAUGGAGCUCUGGCCCACAUUCUUAACAUGUCGAGGGUGUUAGGCGACCAGAUUGGUGGGGGCCAGCCAGUUUGGCCAUAUGUGAUCCAUGGCCAUUAUGCUGAUGCGGGAGAUAGCGCAGCCCUUCUUUCGGGUGCGCUGAAUGUCCCGAUGGUCCUGACGGGCCACUCACUUGGGAGGAAUAAGUUGGAGCAGCUUCUCAAGCAGGGCCGCCAAUCGAAGGAGGAUAUCGACACUACUUACAAGAUCAUGCGGCGGAUAGAAGCUGAGGAACUGUCGCUGGAUGCUGCAGAGCUCGUCAUCACAAGCACCAAGCAAGAGAUUGACGAACAGUGGGGCCUGUAUGAUGGUUUUGAUGUGAAGCUCGAAAAGGUGUUGAGGGCCCGGGCCAGACGUGGGGUCAAUUGCCACGGUCGGUACAUGCCGAGGAUGGUGGUUAUCCCUCCUGGUAUGGACUUCAGCAAUGUUGUAGUUCAGGAAGACACAGAGGAAGCAGAUGGAGAACUUGCAGUGCUUAUCAGUGGUGCUGAUGGUAGUUCUUCAAAGGUGGUCCCACCCAUAUGGGCCGAGGUGAUGCGCUUCUUCACAAAUCCUCACAAGCCAAUGAUCUUGGCCUUAUCGAGACCGGACCCGAAAAAGAACAUCACUACUCUCCUGAAAGCCUUUGGUGAAUGCCGCCCGUUAAGGGAGCUUGCAAAUCUGACAUUGAUAAUGGGAAACCGAGACGACAUUGACGAGAUGUCGUCAGGGAAUGCAAGCGUCCUACUAACAGUCUUGAAGCUGAUCGACAAGUAUGACCUCUACGGGCUCGUGGCCUACCCAAAGCAUCACAAGCAGGCCGACGUUCCAGAAAUCUAUCGCCUCGCUGCAAACACAAAGGGAGUCUUCAUAAAUCCAGCUUUAGUUGAGCCUUUUGGACUUACCUUAAUCGAGGCAGCAGCGCAUGGGCUUCCAAUGGUGGCUACUCAAAAUGGCGGUCCAGUUGACAUUCAUCGGGCACUGAACAAUGGACUGCUCAUCGACCCACAUGACCAGCAGGCGAUUGCCAGCGCUCUACUAAAACUAGUUGCGGACAAGAAUCUAUGGCAUGAAUGCAGGAAGAAUGGGUGGCGGAACAUACACCUGUUCUCCUGGCCUGAGCAUUGCCGGUCAUACCUGACAAGGGUGGCGGCCUGCCGGAUGAGGCACCCACAGUGGAAGAUGGACACGCCAUCUGACGAUGUGGCUGUGGAGGAGUCGUUGGGAGACUCACUCAAGGACAUGCAGGAUAUGUCCCUCCGGCUCUCUGUUGACGUCGACAAACCUUCCCUAAACGGAUUGGUGGAGCACAGCCCAGCUGAUUUGGAGAAAGUGGCCGUGGGAAAGGGUGGGCCUGAGCUGCAAGACCAAGUGAAACAGAUUCUGAACAAGAUAAAGAAGCCGAUGCUGGAAACCCAAGGCUCAGAAGUGGGAAAGAUGCAGCCAGAGAACACCAGAAACACGGCAAAUAAGUAUCCCAUCUUGAGGCGCCGGCGGAGGCUAUUCGUCAUAGCGGUUGACUGCUACGAUGAGAAAGGACACCCCAGUAAAAGGAUGCUGCAGGUCAUACAGGAGACUUUCAAGGCCGUCCGGUCUGAUCCUCAAACGUCGAGAUUCUCAGGUUUCGUGCUGUCGACGGCAAUGCCUGUCUCCGAGACACUAGAAUUCUUGAAAUCGGGAAAGACCCAAGUGAAGGAUUUUGAUGUUCUGAUCUGCAGCAGUGGAAGUGAAGUGUAUUACCCGGGCACUUGUGUGGAAGAUGGCGGGAAGCUCUGCCCAGACCUGGACUAUGCCUCACACAUUGAUUAUCGUUGGGGGCGGGACGGCUUGAAAAGAACUAUCUUGAAAUUAAUGAGCUCACAGGAUGGCACGGACAGUAAGAAGUCCGAGCAUUCUUCGACCGGAAUUGACGAAGAUGCGAAAUCAAGCAACACUCACUGCAUUUCGUAUUUCAUUAGAGAUUCCACCAAGGCAAAGAAAGUGGAUGAUUUGAGGCAGAAGCUACGAAUGCGGGGCCUGCGCUGCCAUCUGAUGUACUGCAGGAAUUCUACAAGAUUGCAGGUCAUCCCUCUCCUUGCAUCAAGAUCACAGGCACUCAGGUACCUGUUUGUUAGGUGGGGUUCGAAUGUUGCGAAAAUGUACGUAAUCCUUGGUGAGACGGGUGACACUGAUCAUGAAGAACUGAUCUCCGGGUCCCACAAGACUGUGAUCAUGAAAGGGGUUGUGGAGAAAGGUUCGGAAGAGUUCCUUAGAACUGCAGGGAGCUAUCAGAAGGAUGACAUUGUUCCUAAGGAAAGCCCGCUCAUCGCACACGCAGAUGGACUGGCAGCUGACGGAAUCUCGAUUGCUCUGAAUGAGGUCUCUAAAUCAUCUGUUGGAAUGUGAUGACAGUACAGGCAGACCUGAAUAAUGUGAAAAAGGAAAAAUAAAGCCUCUGUAAGUUUCAUAUAAGAAUGUACUGUGUUUUCAUUCUUCAAAUUACAGUGGAAAGGCAGUUAUAUGUUUUGCCCGCAUGUUCUGUAUUUGUAUCAAAGAAAUCCUGGCCGGAUCUCAUAAAUUGAGUUAAAUGUAAAAUAUGUAGAUGAAUGUGGCGAAUGUAGCAGAAUCACUACUAGCUGCAAUCUCA